AUGAAAUUAAAUCCUACAGCUGCAAUAGUCCCCAUACCUUUCCCAUGGUCGUCUGUCGGGCCACCUUCGCCGUCGCAGCGGUCUCCACCACCGGCAGGGAUAAUUGCGGGGACAGUGAUUGGUUCAUUGGUAAUAUUGGGGUUAUUAUGUGUGGGUUUGUUUAUAUGGAUAAAGAGGAGAAGGAUCAAACUCUCUGGAUUGGGCGACCCCUCUCCACAACCACACCAACCUAAAGAUGAAGAGGUUGCACUUUCAGUUGCACCACCAUCUCCUUCCAUUGGCUUGAGAUUGGGACCAAAAACAUUUACAUACGAAGAAUUAGCGUUGGCAACAAAUGGAUUCUCAGACUCAAAUUUUCUGGGCGAAGGUGGUUAUGGCAUUGUCCAUAAAGGAGUCCUACCUGAUAAAACUAGUGUUGCCGUUAAGCAGCUCAAAUCUGGAAUCCAACAAGCAGAGCGAGAGUUCCAGACUGAAGUCCAGAUCAUCAACCAAGUCCAUCACAGACAUCUUGUUUCCCUUGUUGGCUACUGCAUCGACCGAGCACAGAGCAAGAUGAUGCUUGUUUACGAGCUUGUCCCAAAUAAAACCCUAGCGUUCCACCUCCAUGAAAAAGGCUUAGCAACUUUAGACUGGAAAAGAAGGAUGAAGAUUGCCAUUGGCGCUGCGAAAGGAUUGGCAUACCUUCAUGAAAAAUGUCAACCCAAAAUCAUACACCGUGACAUCAAAGCAGCCAACAUUCUUAUUGGUGAUAAUUUUGAGCCAAAGGUUGCAGACUUUGGACUCGCCAGAUUAUGUUCAUUAGAGUCCCAAGUCUUGAUGAGUAGAAUAAUGGGAACUUUCGGAUACUUAGCUCCAGAAUAUGCAGCUAGCGGGAAACUUACUGAGAAGUCAGAUGUCUUCUCCUUUGGUGUUGUGCUUUUGGAGUUGAUCACAGGACGAAAACCUGUCGGUAAUGCUGAGCAUUUUCCCAAUGGCAGUAUGGUUGACUGGGCAGCACCUUUACUCUCCGAAGCUGUGGAAAACAGAAACUUUGAAGUUAUUGCUGAUCCAAGGUUGCAGAAUCAUUACGACGUUGAAGAGAUGCUUCACAUGGUUUCUUGUGCUGCAAACUGCGUGCGCCAUUCAGCCACACGUCGUCCUCGAAUGAGCCAGGUGGUUCAAGCUUUAGCGGGAGUGAUUUUUCUGGAUGAUUAUGAUCUGACUGUGGAUAGCACACCUAGGCGUCUACUCAGCGAAGACCUGAAGAAGCUGAGGAAGAUGGCACUCGGAUCAUAUAGCACCACUGAAUCUGAUCACUAUCAGUCCACUUCCAGUAGUUCUGGCUCCAAACUAUAUUCAAGUAAUGAACAUCAAACUUGAAUGUGAAGGCUAAUAAUAUAUAUGUACACAUGAUGUUCUCGUUAGACAUAUUAAAGUCAUAUUCCCUCCACUCCUAUUUAUAGCUUUUUUUAUUUAAAAACUUGU